CUCAAGCAGCCAGCAGCAGCAGCAUUGGUAGGCUCGGAGUAUGGUCGCUGUCCGGAGAGUAUAGAUGUGCAAAACCCCUGGAUUAUCCGCGCGCUGGAGAGGCCACAACCGAGCACCCUGGAGGACUGUUUCUAUCUAGCCGUCAAAAGGGAAAGAGCCACGGGGGAAGCAUGGCGGUAGAAGAAGAAGGUCUGCGGGUUUUCCAGAGCGUUAAAAUAAAAAUAGGAGAAGCAAAAAACAUCCCUCCAUACCCGGGGCCAAACAGGAUGAGGGACUGCUACUGCACCGUCAACCUGGACCAAGAAGAAGUCUUCAGGACCAAAAUCAUUGAGAAGUCACUUUGUCCGUUUUAUGGAGAGGACUUUUACUGUGAGAUCCCACGGAGCUUCAGACAUCUGUCCUUCUACAUCUUUGACAGGGAUGUCUUCAGGAGGGACUCCAGUAUCGGCAAGGUGGCAGUGAAGAAAGAGGACCUGCAGAAAUAUCACGGCAAAGACACCUGGUUUCAGCUCCAGCCUGUCAGCGCUGACUCAGAGGUGCAGGGAAAGGUGCACCUGGAGCUGCGUCUGAGUGAAGUCAUCACAGACAGUGGAGCCAUAAACCACAAACUGGCCACACGAGUGUUGGAGUGCCAAGGCCUUCCUAUCGUAAAUGGCCAAUGUGAUCCCUACGCUGCAGUCUCCUUACUCGGACCUUCAAGGUCAGAAGCAAAGAAGACCAAAGUGAAGAGGAAAACCAACAAUCCACAGUUUGAGGAGGUGUUUUAUUUUGAGGUGACACGACCGUUAAGCUACACAAAGAGACAGUUUGAUGUUGAAGAGGAGGACGUUGAUAAGCUGGCGCUGAGGGUGGAUCUGUGGAACGCCAGCAACCUGAAGUUUGGGGACGAGUUUCUAGGAGGUGUGCGUGUUCCUCUGCGGGUCCUGGGUCAGGCCGGGGUCCACGAUGCAUGGUACUUUCUCCAGCCGAGGGAGAAUGGAGGAAAGUCAGUGAAGGUAGAAGAGCUCGGCUCUCUGCGUCUAAACAUUGUUUACACCGAGGACCACGUCUUCCCCUCUGAACACUACACUCCCCUAAGAGAUCUACUGCUGCACUCUGCUAAUGUAGGGCCUGUGUCAGCGUCCACGGCUCAUAUUCUGGGGGAGGUGUGUCGAGAGAAACAAGAGGCUGCCAUUCCCCUUGUGCGACUGUUUCUUCAUUACGGCAAAAUUGUGCCUUUUAUUAGCGCCAUAGCUCAUGCUGAAGUCAACCGCACACAGGAUCCUAACACCAUUUUCAGAGGAAACUCGCUGACCUCGAAGUGCAUUGAUGAGACCAUGAAGCUGGCAGGAAGGCACUAUCUACAAGUCACACUGAAACCCAUUAUAGAUGAGAUCUGCACAGAACACAAACCCUGUGAAAUCGACCCUGUGAAGCUCAAAGAGUCAGAGAACCUGGAGACAAACAGGGAAAACCUUCGUCAGUAUGUCGACCGGAUUUUCAACGUCAUCACCACCUCUGGCGUUCGCUGCCCUACUGUCAUGUGUGAUAUCUUUUUCUCUUUGAGAGAGUCUGCUGCCACUCGUUUCCAAGUUGACCAAGACGUCCGGUACACAGCAGUGAGCAGUUUCAUCUUCCUGCGUUUCUUUGCUCCAGCCAUCCUCUCACCAAACCUGUUCCAUCUAAGGCCACACCAUCCGGAUCCCUCGACCUCACGAACCCUCACCCUCAUCUCCAAGACCAUCCAGACCCUGGGAAGUCUUGCCAAGUCUAAAUCUGCCAAUUUCAAAGAGUCUUACAUGGCUGCAUUUUAUGACUACUUCAAUGAGCAGAAAUAUGCCGACGCUGUGAAGAAUUUCCUAGAUCUGAUCUCCACCUCGGGAAAAUGGGACCAGAAGAGUAUUGAAACACCAAUCAUGCUCAAAGAGGGAUUUAUGAUCAAGAGGGCUCAAGGAAGAAACCGGUUUGGAAUGAAGAACUUCAAGAAGAGAUGGUUUCGCCUCACCAACCACGAGUUUACGUACCACAAAACCAAAGGUGAGGGCGCUCUCUGCAGCAUUCCCAUAGAGAACAUUCUGGCUGUGGAGCGGUUAGAGGAGGAGUCUUUUAAGAUGAAAAAUAUGUUCCAGGUUAUUCAGCCGGAGCGAGCGCUUUACAUCCAGGCCAACAACUGUGUGGAGGCUCGUGACUGGAUCGACAUCCUGACCAAAGUCAGCCAGUGCAACCGCAAACGUCUGAGCACCUACCAUCCUUCAGCCUACCUCAAUGGCCACUGGCUCUGCUGCAAACUCUCAGCAGAUACAGCUCCUGGGUGCUCGCCCUGCACUGGUGGCCUCCCUGCAAACAUCCAGCUGGACGUAGAUGGAGACAGAGAGACUGAGAGGAUCUACUCCCUCUUCAGCACAUACAUGACCAAACUAAUCAAGAUGCAAGAGGCCUGUGGCAGUAAGUCGGUGUAUGACGGGCCUGAGCAGGAGGAGUACUCCACGUUUGUCAUUGAUGACCCCCAGGAGACCUACAAGACUCUGAAACAGAUUGUUUCAGCCGUGCAGACGCUGGAGCAGCAGCACACCAAGUACAAACGCGACAAGUUCAAGAAGACAAAGAUAGGCAGCCAGGAGCAUCCAAUUGGAGACAAGAGUUUCCAGUGCUACAUCCGCCAGCAGUCUGAAAGCUCCACCUACUCCAUCUAGAAGCGGCCCUGUGUACCGUUUUCUAUGAUGCCCAGAACCAGCAUAUCUUACUUUGCUGCAAUGAAGUCCAUCAUAUCAAUGCUCUGUGUCUCGUAUUGAAAAUUGAAAUCUCUAUUCUUGAAAGCUGAAAAUUUGGAAGCAGGUUCAAUAGAUUUGAGUGGCUUUUUUGGAAAGGAAAAGAAGAGUUUUAGACACAAUACUGGACUAAAUGAGCUGAUGGACUAGUUGGACUUCUCUUUUCAGUCUCUCUAAGGUGCAUCACUCCAACUUUGGAGAACAGACCUCAAAUCAACAUGAAAAUAGGAACAAUUGUGCAUGAAAGGAGGAAAAUGAUUGAAGAGAUAAUCACGACAUACAUCUUUUUGAGGACUCCCUCCUGUGAUGUGACGAAAGAAGAAACAAACGUUUUCACUGGACAGUUUUGACAGUGACCAACACGCACUUUAAUUGCCUCCAAAUCUAUGGAUGAACAAGCCUCGCAGCACACUUUCAAAAAGCUUAUUUUAUCUGUUUGAUUUGUAUUUGUGUAUUUUAAUGCUCAUUGAAAUGUUCCGUUGUAUUUCACUUUAGAAGGAAGGAAGGAAGGCAUACUAUUUUCCCUUUUUGAGCGGUGUUAUACCCAUACACCUGUUUUGAUUUGAUUUUAUUGCUUAGUCCCAAACUUUCUUAGGAAGACUGUGAAGGUCAAGGGCACUCAAGAAAAAGGGAUCGUUGGGACUGAGCACAGGCAAGAACAGCUUAUCUAAAAUUACUCCACAGUCAAUUUUAUCUCUGAUUUGUAAUUCUUUUAACACAAGAGUCAUUUAGCUGUGGUUGGAAGUGGUACUCUUGUGAAACCAGAAGCAGGGUUUAAGGAACAUUUUCUGCCAACACUGGGGGAAACAAACAUGGGCGCUUGAUUUUUAUCAUUAUUGACUGAUUUCUUUCUGUGGCUGAGUUCAAACACAUAAACCUUUUAGGAAAGACAAAAACGCCAAAUUGUAAAAUAGAUGAGCUAAACCUUGUGCGCUAUAUUCAAAGAAGUGUUGAAAUCAGGACCAUAUUGACCCACUUAUGCUCAAGGUUAAAGAUGCAGUGAAUUCCUGUUUACUGUCAUUAACUUUACAGGGGGAGUUAGCACAAAUUUGCAAAGAAAAUAUCAGAAUUUGAACAUAAUAUAAAGUGAAAUAAUGAUGUGCUUAACCAAUUUAGACCAGAUGCAAAGUUGGUGUGCUUCAACAUCUGCAUGUGUAGGAUAAACCCACUUUUUAUAACAAUGACCCCUGAACUGCAACAUUAUUGGCAUAAGUUAAUGUGUGGAACGUGGAUGGAACAGCAAAGAAGGUUUUGGUUUCAGGGACUUUAGCUUCUUCAUCUAUGCAGAAAAGUUAAUGAAUUAAAUUUGUCUGCAGGACUGUUAUGCUCCUCAUCUGCUCAGAUUAGCCAUAAACUUUUUUAGCAAAUCUCAGUAGUUAAGAGUAUUGCUGAAAUAUGCUGAAUAAGCAUAAAUUAGCUCACUCACAAUAUGAUGUUUUCAAGGUCUGCUCAGCAAAAUGACAAUUAGGCAAAUGUAAGUAAAAUUUCAUGAUGUGUUCAAAUGUACAUCAAAGAAAGAAAAAAAAUACCUUUGCCUUAGAGUAGCUUUAACAUAUGCAUUGAAAUUUAUAUUCUAACUUUUAAAGAGCUGUUGAUGUUUGUUGAGCUCAGCCCUGCAUACAGACAUUUCAACGCACACUUGUUUCUCUGUGUAAGCAGAAAAACUUCCAAUAACAAAGUAAUGAUUGGGUGUAAGCACAGCUAGCACAUGGAUGGUUUCAGCUCGGCUUAUUAUUAAUCAAACAUCUUAACACUUAAACCAGUCUUGUCUUCAGUUUCGGUAGUAAAAUGGAUAGUGUCUUACUGGUUGUGUUGCCCCGUCGGCAGCCUAAUUAUUCACUUUUUGUGAGUUUAGCCUCGUCUUAUGUCCCCUCUGUAGUUUGAAACUUUCUCACAUGCAUUCCUCGGACAAACUGCCUGCUGUGAAUCUUACCUGUCAGAAUCUGUCGAAGGUAGACCAUUUAUUGAUGUUAAACUUUUGUGUUGUCCUAUGCGUUAGCGUUCACACCCAUCAGCGCUCACUCUCGCCAAACCAGUGCAUGUGAAGUGUAGUUGUAGUCGCAGCAAUGGUAGCCUCCACAGUCACUUUUGUAUGACUACAAACCAACACAUUUUUUAAUGUAUUUUCCAAAAAAAAACAAACAAACUGGUUAUGUAGCCUCAUGGGUGUUCACAGGAUCCCGAACAGUGCCAGUCAUCACUUUUAUACAAUUCUCUUUUUGAAAAACCAACAAAAAAAAUCAUUGUUUCGAUGUUUUUUAUAUCUGAAAUCGUUUUAAAGAACAAGCAAUUAUUCCAACAUCACCUUUUUUUUUUGUCGAAUAUGUUGAUCCAUGAGGAGACAGAUUUGACUGUUUUCUAUCUCCCUCUCAUCAUACAGAGAUCUCGCUGUGUAUCUGAACUGAAUGACUGAGUUUUGUGCGUGUUUGUGCGUGUGCAUUUGUCCGUAUGUGAAGGAGUGAUUGAAAUGAUGGGUUGUAUUGCCAAUUGAGUAAACCCAGUGACAGGUUAGGAAAGGAAGAGUCUCACUUGUGGGAAAAAAGAGAAAAUCACUGCCUGUAAUCGUACUAAAGACUAGAAGGACUGUGGAAACCUUUACUCCUCUCUGUCCUGCUCUAAUGUCUCCCCUUUUUCUUCUUGUAUAGAACCACUAUUCCUUUUUAAGGAAACUUUGCCAAUAUAAUCUCCCAAAAACAUUUUUUAUAUGUAACACCAUAAUAACAUCAAAAAAACAGCAUUGCUUUAACCUCUAAACUUUUGUGAGUGUUUGUUUCCACCAGUUACUAACUCUCCUCAGGUUUAUCAAACUCAGCAGCUUUUUUUGCCAAAACCAAACACCAAACAGUUCUGUCUCUCAUCUUAAACUUGGUAAUCAUAUUUAUUAUCAUUUUCAGCUAAACCUUCCCAGAAACCUUCACUGAGCUGGUGAGGUCACGACAUUUACAGUAAUUGUUAACUCCUCCACCCGGAAACCCACAAAGGAAUGACUUAUGCAAUAAUGGUGUUUUGAGCAUGCAAUAAUAUGAACAACCCCUCAAUAAGCCCAUCAAAUUAUCAACAAUUAACGCACAUCUGCAGCAAAAUGCCUCUUCAGAUAAACUCAUAUUAUAAAAGGGAGAACAGUGUAUUUUGUACAAAUAUUUUAAAAGUAUUAAAAUAAGCCUGUUAUAUGUGUAUAUAAAAUGUUGAAUGAAUGGUGAUAAUGUGAUGUGUUUUUUUUCCUGGAUAACUAAAUGAAACCAAUAA